AUGUCCGGGGCUGAGGAGGCCGGGGGCCCAGCGGCGGCAGCGGGGGGACCCGCGGGUUCCGGGGCCGGGCCCCCGGGCGCCUCCGCCAUGGCCGUGUCCGUGUCCGUGCUGGGAGAGGCGGCGGGGCCCGGGCUCCCUGAUGAGGCGGGCCUUCCAGCGGGCCGCCCGCUGCCCCUACCCGAGGCCGGCGGCGACCCAGAUGCGCCGCCCAAGAAGCGGCUGCGGGCGGCCGAGGCGGAGGCGGCGGCGGCAGCGGCGGCCUCGGCAGCGACGGCUUCGGCUUCGGCGUCCGCGGGGAGCGGCAAGCUGGAGGAGCGCCUGUAUUCCGUGCUGUGCUGCACAGUCUGCCUGGACCUGCCCAAGGCCUCAGUCUACCAGUGUACUAAUGGUCACUUGAUGUGCGCUGGCUGUUUUAUCCACCUACUAGCAGAUGCCCGGCUGAAGGAGGAACAGGCCACAUGCCCCAAUUGUCGUUGUGAGAUCAGUAAGAGCCUCUGCUGCCGAAACCUGGCUGUGGAAAAAGCAGUGAGUGAGCUGCCGUCAGAGUGCGGCUUCUGCAUGCGCCAGUUCCCCCGCUCCCUCCUGGAGAGGCAUCAGAAAGAGGAGUGCCAGGACAGGGUCACGCAGUGCAAAUACAAACGUAUCGGUUGCCCAUGGCAGGGCCCCUUCCACGAGCUGACUGUGCAUGAAGCAGAGUGCACACAUCCCACCAAGACUGGCAAUGAGCUAAUGGAGAUUUUGGAUGAGAUGGACCAAACCCACAAGAAAGAGAUGCAGCUAUAUAACAGCAUCUUCAGCCUGCUCAGCUUUGAGAAGAUCGGCUACACAGAAGUUCAGUUCCGCCCAUACCGUACCGACGACUUCAUCACACGCCUCUACUACGAGACGCCGAGGUUCACCGUGCUGAGCCAGACGUGGGUCCUGAAGGCGCGGGUGAACGACUCUGAGAGGAACCCCAAUCUGUCCUGUAAGCGCACUCUCUCCUUUCAGCUCAUCCUGAAGAGCAAGAUCAGCUCCCCCAUGGAGUGCUCCUUCCUCCUGCUCAAGGGGCCCUACGACGAUGUGAAAAUCAACCCUGUGAUCUACCACUUUGUCUUUACCAAUGAGAACAACGAGACCGACUACGUGCCGCUCCCCAUCAUAGACUCCGUGGAGUGCAACAAACUGCUGGCCGCCAAGAACAUUAACCUGCGGCUCUUUAUAUUCCAGAUACAGAAAUAGGCAGGGCUGGGGUCAUGCUGGCGAGCUCAAGGAGAAAGAAAGCACCACUGAACCGUACUUACCUCGUCCGGGCAGCCUGCACCAGUUGUGAUUUCACAAUAUAAUCAGAUCAUUUUAGAAAAAGGAGGGAGGAAACAAAAACAAAAAACCCAAACCAAUUGGAACAAAGUCUGCAUGCGUAUGCAACAGUGUAAGCAGCCACAGCCUGCCUUCUCUCUUCCCCUCUCCUAGAUACCCUGGGCCAGGGCCUUCUCCAACCAACAGCCUGCCCAACUGCCCCCGCAGGCCAGGUCAGUGGGGAGCUAGACAGCAGUGGAGACCUCUGUGGUGUCGCCCUCAUUUGCCAGGGAGCGUGUGAGAAAACAGCGAGUCGUCCCCUGUUACUUUAUUACAUUGUGGCAGAGCAGUGUUGGCUUGUUCAUGGUUAAGUGCACAAUUUACAGAUGCAUGGGGGCUCAGGGGAUCCUGGCUGACUUUAGACAGCAUAUGUGAUUGAAAUUAAAAAGGCGACAUUUUUCCUAUUUUUUUUUCUUUUGUUUGGGUGGAGAAGUCUAGCUCUGGUUUAAUAUUUGAGAAUACUAUUUUCUUUGAUUUUAUGCAGUCAUAUGGGGAAUUGGAAAGGGAAGAAAGCUGUCCAAUUUCCUUUCCCCUUUUUUAAGUCUACUUAUCCACAGGAAAGACCAAUGGGAAUGUUAUGGUAUCUUUGAGAAACCUAACAAGGUGAAGCCCCAGUUUCUGGGGACGGGCUGGAUGAUGGGGAAUGAGAGAAAUCUUCAUGUAAGGAAUGCACCAUCCCAUGCCAUCCACCUCUCAGGUAUCUGGGAAGCAGACAGAGAUGGAAGGGCUGCUUUGAGCUGUCUGAUGUGUGAAGCUGGGCCCUCUUCCUCUCCCCAUGUGCACAUCCCCCAUUUUCUCCCCUCUCCAAGAUGGCCUGAGGCUUUUGGGAGACACCAGCUUAAGGGUCAAGGGAGCUAACUUCAGACUGAGGAUUGUUGAGAGUAUGAUGUGACUUAUAGGCCUCGAUCCCUGGGGUGAAUUUUUGUUAAUUCCUAGCACAGAAUCCUCAUGCUUUGACUGGGUUCCCAGGGCAUUAUCUUCAGGUUAAUAUUUAUGGCACAUGGGAAUAAGCUGUUUGCUUCUCUCUUUCUCUGCUCUCUCAGCCCCACUCUAACUCCUUCAGGGUCCCAGAAACCUGCACUCAAAAUAAUGGAGUUCUCAUUUGUUUUUGUAUUACAUUCAAUCAUGAAAAAAAGGAAUACCGUGGGCCACAAUGUAUUUUCAUGUUCCUUACCCUGCCCCCCACUCUGGUCCCUACCCACUUGCCAAAUAUAGCCCAGGCUACAGUUCUCACUGAGACAGGAUGAUGCCUUUGGGGCUCAGCAGACAUUUUCGGAAUGCAGGGUGAAAUUCUGUCUCUUCCCAGAAAAAAAGACAUUAACUUCUUUACAGGCUCUUCUAGCAAUUAGACAAUUUUCCAGUGUGAGAAAGAAUAUAUAUAUUUUAUAGAUUAAGUCUCUGGCAUGUUUGUGGACAGGAGAGCCAUUCACCAAACUGUGAAGAGUUCUACAGGGAUAUUUGCUUAACACUGUUUAGCAAAGUGAAGUAUGUGACUUAGUUGUGGAGGGAAACUGUCCUAUGGAAUUGUGACUAGUAGAUGGUAUCUAAGGUCAGCUUACUCCCAUCACAUUGGCCACUUUGGGACAUAGUUUUGUACUGUGUCUGUGGAAUAACUGGAUCAAUCCAAUUGUACAUCAUGUAAAAUCCACUACGAGACUGCUUGUGGCUUCUCUGCUUUGGGUUUUUCCUGGAUUUAGGUUAACUCUUCCCAGCCUGGCGUGAUUACAUUUUCUCCUGUUGUAACCAGCGGUGAACUGGUGAAGCGUGUGUGUCAGUAACUCAGUGACCCUCAGGAGGUAUCAGCAACAUAGUCUUUUAGAGUGAGCCCUAGGGUGAUUUAUAAGUGGUUUCCAAAAAUGGUCUUGUUGACCCAUAGGUGGGUUUUAGCUUUUGCUAGAGAUAGGUGUGAGUGAGUGAGUGAGUAGUGAGUGAGAGAGAGACAGAGAGAGAGAGAGUGUGUGUGUGUGUGUGUGUGUGUGUGUGUGUGAAUGUAUGGGUAUGGGUGGGGGGUGCGUGUAAGAGGAGAAAGGUACAGUGUUUUCCUGACAAAGCUUUUUUUGUGGUCUGUGGUAAAGUGGAAGGUCAAAAGGGCAAGUAUGGGGAGAGCCUCUCUUUGCUUUCUACUCUCCUGAUCCCAGUGCUUGCUCUCAGCACCCCCUUAAAGGUGCCUGGAGACUGCAUACCAACAACUUUUUCUCCUUCCUCCUGCCCCCUACCCCUUGCUCUGUAAGAAUGUUACCCAUUAUAGCUUUUUUUGUUGAUCAAAUACCAAAGAAAUACAUUUCCUUCAGUCCUCCUCUUCUUUCUUCUCUUCUCAAAUUCUGCUUCAUAUUAGAACUAGAUUCCACCCCACUUACCCAUUUGGUAAGGAGUGACCAAGGUGGUACCAAAUUAACCAGAGCAUGGGUCCUUUGGAGUGACGUGGCAACUACCUUCAUAGAUUGGGGUCUUGAGGUCAACUUCCUGCACUCUGCUUGCUUUUGGUCUAAGUCCUUCCAAAGGCUAGACAGGGAGUUAGAUACGUGUGGGACCUCUCAGGAGCACGCCAGCUUAUGGGGUGCCAUUUGAGAACUGCUGAUCUCAAGGAUCAUUUAUUCUGUUCAGAGAGUGUGGAGGAAAAGCAGCAGGUCUUUCUUAGAUUUGAAGAUAAUGAGGUUAGGAGGCUACAUGGCAAGAGCCCAGACCUUCUCAAAGAAUGAUGGUCAGGCUAUACCAAGCACCAAGAUCCUUCUCCCCCUCCCCCAAACAUGGAUGUGGGAAUCUGGUGUGAAACAUUCCUGUAUACUGUCAGGCUUAGUUAUUUUUUAGCUAAGAUUCAUCCUUCAUUUCUGCAAUGUGCCUGGGUCAUCUGUGAUGAAAUUGAUCAGUAUUUGCUGCCAACUGGGUCAGGGCUUUUCUAGGGCCCUGACUGAGGAAAUUCCUCUACCCUCAGCACCCAAGGAUCCUGAACUGCUCAUUUCCUCCUGCGCUUCCCUCCAUCCCCCUUUUGUUAUUAGGAAAGAAAUCUAAUCUCUUGUAUCUGCAUCCUCAGCCCCCCGUAGGACUUCUAGUAAUGAAUAUUGAGGUUUUAUUUAGUUCCAAGCAUCUCCAGGAGGAAGCAUAGGUCAAAGGAGUUUCCACUAGGUGUGAAGGAAUGUGAUUGACAUGUAAGUGACAGGCUUUCUGCUGUGUAAAACACGACAAAAUUCAGAAGAAGUCAGAUAGACAUAGCUUAUCCUAUGGGGCUGAGGAAGGGCAAAGAGAAGACAAUUUUUCUGGGGCUAUGCUCCCUACCUCAACCUCUCACCCUUAGGAAAUACCAGAGCGAGUGAGGUUGAGACACUGCAGGGGAAGAGAUUUGCAAGUGAAUUUUUAAAAACACUUUUAAAAACACUUCUUUGAAGGCCAGGGUACAUGCACUGGGUACAUGAAAGCCCGGGCUUUUAGCUUUUAAAGUAAAAAAAUUCUGUUUAGGCAAGUUUCUCAUUUUGCCAAUAACACCCCUCACCCUCUCUCCCACCCUUCUGUGCCUCCCUUCUUCCUUCUGCAAAGAAGGAAUUCCCCACACCUUAAGCAUUGUCCUCCUGUACCAUCAGAUACUCAGGUAAAAUCCAGUGUUAACCCAGCUGCUAAUUUGAAUGGGCUAAUUUCAGGUGGCAUAAAGGUGGGUAUAUGGGUGUGUUUGGAUAUAUGAGGGUGUGUGUGUUGUCAGUGAUGGGGAGGCCAUUCUCACAAGCUGACAUCCUGAGAAGUGCUAUCUAUUGACUAUUAGCCACCUGUUUUAUCUUAAAAGGGAGUGGGGAGAGGACAGAAUUCUUGGUUUGGGGUUUCAGAUGGGGAGCAGUCAUCCUUUGUUGAGGAGCAGUCAUAUAGUCCUUUCACUGUUCUUUAUUGUUGUCUCUACCCUUCCCUCCACCCUGACCUCUUCAGGUAUGACUGACUCAGUUCCUGUGUAGUACAGGUGGACAUCACCGGGUGAGUUAGUGAAUUCUUGUUGAUUUUUCAGGGUUGAUACUUGUCAGACUUUGUACCAAGUCAUCUUUAUGGUUUAAAUCUUGUGAGGGGCAAAAAGAGAGUAGUGGGUGGGUAGGAAACUAGUAAUGGAUGGAACUAAGAAUUGGAAGAGUAGGGAAAGGUGUAGCCUCACUGUAGUAUCUCUCUAGGAAUGAAGCACUGGCUUCUCUCAUGAUGGCACUGUUUCUCUUGUUUCUUGAGUAACUGUUAUAUGUAUUUCAAAAUACCUGAUGGGGGAAAGAUUUGUCUUCUUGGUAUUUUGGCAGAUUCUCUUGAGAGCUGUUAUGUUCUCUCUUUUUUGAGGAUUAAGAAGCUCUUGUCUUAGAAAAAAUGGGGACACAUAACAGAUCUUCAUGUGAUAACUAGACAUAUCUUCAGUGCUGUUGUUAUUACUGUUAAUGUAUGUGUGCAUGAAAGUGGCAGGUGAGAGUGAUGGUGAAACCAACCUGUGACCCCAAUAUUGUUGUUAUCAGCACCAGGAGCUGAUAAAAUACAGUAUGGAUCAAGGGAGGGUGGUCAGAAUGGUCAUAUGGGUGGCUGUCAUGUAGGGAGAGUGAAGUUGAUAGUCCAGAGGAAAACGAGUUAGUUCCCUUCACCUGGUCCCUUCAUUGAACCAAGAAAUGUUGAGUUUUAUCACAUGAACCUAGGUGAUAAAUGGUGCCCCCAUCCCUGACCUUCCACAUUGUAGGUAUUUCUUACCAUGUGCCUUGACAGUCCACCAGAAAUCUAGCAAGUGGGCAAGGGAGAUGGCCAGUUAGACUGGACAGGGUGGCAUUCCCAAUAGCAUGAUGAAGGCAUCACUGUCUCCUCCCACCUUCAACAAGGUGGACUUUGUGGUGUCUCAUAAUAUCCUGUCAUGGGAACAGCUACAGGUCUGUUUGUAUCUGUGUGUCUGUGUAUCUGUGUGUCUAUGUCUAUGCGUUUUAGCUUCUAGAAGGGCCCGCUGUAUGUGAUAAAGAGGGGGACCAGCGUUCCCUGUUCUUCGCUGCCUCCCUCCCACCCAACCCCCACCCCAGCUCAUGAGCAACACAACCUUCCUUCCCACAGAGAACUCUGAGUAUGUUGCCUAGAACCUCCUGUUGAGGAUGAGGGCAGGAUCCUGGAUUUGUUUGAGCUGGAGGAGGGCAAAGGAUAGAGGACUGAGGUUGGGAAGUGAGCUUAGGGUGAGAAAAUCAGGAAAAUGUUAUCUCAGUAGGAAAGUUGGUGAUUUCCAGGAGACUUUUUGGUUGGUUUGGUUUUUUAAAUGCUUUGCCAAACUGGUACUGGUGACAGAAAGUAUUUUUCUAGUCUCCAGACGGCCAAGGCCCCUUCUAUUGGAAGGUAUGUGUGUGAGUGUGAGUGUGCACACCUGUCCGUCAGUGAUGGUCCAAAAGAGAAUUGUAAAUAAAUCAUGUUUUUACAUAGCCUUUCUCCCAUAGUCACCAAACAGUCCCUGCUCCCACCCCUUCCCUCUUCCACUCCCCAGUAUUCUCUUCUGGUUUCCCUAGGCCCCCAUGGCCCCUAUAAUGUUCAUACACAGCAGCUGAGCCUUACUGCCUGGUUCUGAACUGGGCGUCUUGAAAGAUUGUAGCAAGUGUCUCGUGCCCCAUUGGGAGACGGGCAGAUCACAAACCUCCUUGCAGUAUUCACUGUGGGUAAUUUAUUUAACUAGUGAAUGUAGAUUAAAGUAAUUAAAACGAAGAGAAACUAAUGCUUUGUCUGCGGGAUCAUGUGUCCUUCUUGUAUCCUAACCUGAUUUUUAAUUUGUCGUCUUGUUCUUUUGAGGCUCUCUUUUGAGGGCCCAGUAGAGAGCCAUUGGUAUGAGGGAGGGGAUCAGGGAUAGUGUUGGCAGAGUGGAUCCAGGGGGAGAACUGACUGAGAAAGGCCUUAAGUCCAAAUGGAAGGGCAGGGUGGAUCUUUAGGAGACAAGUACUUAGUACUGGACUCCAGUGACUCCAGAGGUGGGGGAGGAGGCUUGGGGCUGGGGUUUUACUAGGGGCUCAGCCAUCCGUCUCUUCCCUCUCCCUUCUCCCUUCCCCUCCUCCCCCUCCUUGCUUCUCCUCUUCUCCCAUCUUCCCCUUCCACAAGCACUACAUCCUUUGAUUCACUUAAAAUGAGAAAUUUACAAAAAUAAUAAUUUUUAAACAAAAGCAAGAGAAAAGUGUUUUUAACGCUGUUGGGAAUGAUUCAUUAUGUUACUUUUGUGGUCUGCGUUCUGUUUGGAUAUUUUCUGUAUGUAACUGUAGUUUAAAAAAAAAUUGCCAAACUA